AUGGCCGAGCAAUUCAACUGGACCGCCCCAAAUCUAAACCAGCACCACUUCAUCUCCUUUGCGAAUCUACUCGCACUCCGAAACGGGGGACAGGUUGAACCAGCCUGGUCACUCCAUGAUUCUGAAGAAGAAGAAAGAGAUGAAGAAGACGAAACCAACCCCGACACCGCCAGCAGUGUCAACACAAACCAAGUCCAGCAGAUCUCGGACUCCGGGUAUGACAAACUGAAACGAAAGUUUCUGGAUUGUGUGGCAGAGCUAGCUGCUAACGACAAAGGGGCGAGGUUUGUGGCGUGCUCUGCGAUGAGAGAGGGCGAGGAUGAGGUGACGGUGUGGAUUAGUCGGAAUGAAGGGUUUCGGGAGGUUGAUCAUGUUGCGUUCGCGAGAGUGGGUGGUUUGCUUGGGGGGUUGGGGUCUGUGGAUCCGGGAAAUCGAUGUGCUGAGGAACUGUGGACCGAGAUGUUGACAUACUACCGUGCUCGGCUUGAGAGCACGUAUAUCCCGAGCCUGAGGUCGACCUUGAAGGAUUGCGAACAGCUCUUUCAUGACGAUAAACAUGACGAAUUCGUCCCAGCUCGUCAGCGCCUACAGGCAUUCCACCAAUUGGUCUUCGACGGGAAUAGCCCUGGCCAAGCCGUGACAGACAGACACAGCGUCCUCAUCGUAAAGGCAUACGAGCUACGGAUGAUGAAGCCCGUCCGAGAACUCCUCCACACCUCCCAUCACAGCACACCCCGAACGAAGAAACUAUGGGAAAGCAUCUGCUUCCUCGGCCGACUACGGGUCGCCUUCGAAACAUUCCAAGAUAUCGCCCUCAACCUCCCAAGUUUCAAGAAAGUAACCAUAAUCCUCAUACCUCGCGACAUCGCCACGCAAAAGGCCCUACAACGCCCCCUCAACCUAGACCAGACAUUCAAUCUCCUCGACGUGCCUUUAGACCCAUCGAUGGUCAAGAAGGUAAUAGGCCAGAAAUGGACCGUUCCCAAAGCAAAAGCCAGUUUCGGGGAUUUACAGAAACAUAAGCUGAACGUACACGCCGAGGUCCAAAUGGUCCUUUAUCUUAGUAAGAUUGGACAAACGUUCGAGCGGCUGUUCCCGUAUUUUGGCUGUAGCAAGUACAGCUGUUUCAUGUGUUGGCAUUUCUUGCAGGCGCAUAGCAAGAUCAGAACUAGGGGCUGUCAUGGUCGGUUGUUUAAGCCGUGGUCUGUUCCUGAGGUAUCGGGGAUGACACCUGGGAGCCCGGAGAAAAUAUCACAUGCGCUUAUACAGCUACAGAGACGUCUGAGGAAGGAGUUAAAGGCUGAGAUUAAGAAGGGGAUUAGCCAAGAGAAGACGUCUGUCGUUGGUGGAAGCAGCGUUUUCACCACCCAGGACCCUAGCAGUGCGCGAAGGAAGGCUGGGAUAGAGCGGACGAGGAUGAGAGCUGAGCAGGCCCGAGUUACUGAGCUUUUCAGAAGGUGGUCACUGGAAGAAGAAGCAUCGAAAUAUCAGGGUUCACGCUUGAACGUUCAGCCAAACGCUGGUAAUGCCACACGUAGCCAUGCAGAGUAUCGCGGUGAAUGCUAUACUUGCUCCGGAGAUACAUCACGGAGAUGCAGUCUAUGCCAGAAGGACUUCUACUGCAGCCAGUUGUGCGAAGACAAGCGAUCCGGAAGGCAUCUUUUCACAUGCACGAAACGCCCCUUAACAUCUGCGGACUUCCUAUACAGAAACAUCGAAAAAGACCGGCUGCCUGAAGAAGAGGAAGUCUGCUCAGACUUCGGCUUCAAUUACUUCGACUCAUUUGCAGACAAGAGUAAGCUCUUGGGCCUUUACAAAGGCCUGUGGCUAGCUGAGAUCCCGGUUGAGGAUAUCAACAAGUGGCAAGUUGAAGGCUCCCUUGUUGCCAACAUCAAAGAACACUUUUACCAGAUUCCUGAGCGAUACCGAGGCGGAUACUUUCCCUGGUUUCUAGAGCAUACCCAAUGCCUGGACAAGCCGAUAACAGAAGAAGAGGCAGCGCAGAGAACUGUAGCCACAUUCUUCGACAAAGCACGCUCUUACUUAGACAAAGAAGACCAGUACAAGCACUACAAACAGCUCGAACCAGAAGCCAAGCGGGACUGCUUCUACAUGCUCGCCCAAACUCUACACAUGGCCAACCCCGACCCGAUCGAAACCAACUGGUUCAAUUUCGGCUUUUGCACCUGUGACGACGAAUACAAAGAAAGGAGCCUCGGGGGCCUGUACCAAAGACUACUCGUCGGCGACAAACUAUACGACGAUGUCCCAACCCGCAUGCCGCGAAUGAAAGAUGUACAAACAGCCACAUUCACGGAGUUCUGGAAGGCCUAUGAAUUAGGGACAAUGAUCCAGCUAAUGGACUCGAAGGGCCUUGGACGCGCGCGGUUUCAGUUCCCCUUUCUGGAAGAGUUCUUCUCCAGUCCGCCCUGUGGGCCGCAUCUGUCUGUCUGGUCGCUGAAGCAAUUCCUGGCUAUUAAUAACCCAGCUGAGUUCCCGCCCAUUCCUGCGAUCAGCGUGGACUACGGAUUCGGAAACUGUGAGACAUUCACGGAAACGUGCACCUUGAUGGAAAUUUACAGGAGACUGCUGGGUGAUGCUAGUCCGCUGGAUCUCCACGGGGCGUGUAUUGCUGGGAAGCUGUUUGAGUUUGCGGAGCGUUUUCACAAGAUGGAUCAGUCGCAUAGGAGGUUGAUGAAGAACUUUUAUCCCUUACCUGAGCUUUGA